GGGCUCCAUGUUGAUGUGAACAAGCGGAGCAUCUUCACACACACACACACACACACACAGGCGUCUGAACCCGAAGCGCAGCGUUUAUUCCGCGGGGUUGGUCCGAAUAUUCGUGUUCCCAGGCUGACGUUCACACUGUGCUGAUUUUCAGACAGAGGAAGACAUGAGGAUGAAGAUGAGGAUGAGGAUGAGCUGUGUCUGGGCUGCAGUGGUGCUGAUGCUGCUCCAGCUCCAGCUGGUUCCUGCAGACCCUGACUCCGGCACUGUUAUUCCUGCUGAGAGUCGGCCAUGUGUGGACUGCCAUGCGUUUGAAUUCAUGCAGCGAGCAUUGCAGGAUCUAAAGAAGACGGCCUUCAACCUCGACUCACGGACUGAGAAUCUGGUGCUGAGAGCCGAGAGGAGAGCGCUGUGUGACUGCAUACCCCUCAGCACCUUAAACUGAAAACGCAGCCUCUGGAGAGCUUUGAGCCCAUGCCGCCAUCACGUCAUCUUAUUGUGUACUUUUUCGUUUUUAUUAAAACAUCAACACUAGCCAAAUGCAAUGUUUUCUUUUCCUUUGUGGACAUGUUUUGCAACCAUUUUACAGAACACGAGACCAGCAUGUUAACGUUACAGAGCUGUACGAGCCAAUAUUAUCCCACUCUGAAUAUUAGCGCUUUAUCCUACGUUUACAUGUUGUGGUAAUAAUAAUAUGUGAAGCUUAAUUUCUUCAUUUUUAUAUCAUAUUCACACUUGAAUGUGUAGUAUAUUAUUUGCACAAUAUU